AUGAAAUUUUGUAGCUUAAUUACCACAUUAUUUUUUAGUAUUAUUAAUCUAUCUCUUUGUACAACUGUAGAAGACGAAAUAUCUUAUAUACAGAACUUAUUCAAAUCAAUUAAUCUUCAAAGAUUAGAUACUCCUGCAGAAUACAAUAUAAACUCAAUGCUCUUUGAAAAUAAAUAUGAUUUACAAUUUAUGGAAGAUAAUGACUUGAAAUUGCAAUAUACGAUUUUUAAAGACUUUUACACUUUAAGUUUAGACCCUACUGUUGAUUUAUUGAAAAAUUUUAAAGAUGCAGAACAUAAAAUAUACAAAGAGGUUUUUUAUGAAGAAUUUGUUAGAGAAGUUGUUUUAGCAGCAAUGAAACAUACUAUUACAAAAUCUUGUAUACAAUUUAAAACGGGUCUUUUCACUAAAAGCAUUACAGAACUAGCGAUACCUUGCUUUAAAAAAAUAUACAAUGCUUUUUGUAUUUUACAAAAUAAUGAAUAUGAAAAAUUAUUGACUGAGAGUGAAAAUCUUUUUAAUGCAAAUAUUAAUCAUCAAAAUCUAAAAGAUGGUAAUCCGUUAGAACUAAUAAUGCAUUUUCAUUUAUUUAAUGAUAUUAUAAAAGAAAAAAUUAGUUGUUUUUCUAAGCCUUACAGUAUUGAUGAUGAUGGGAAUGAUUUUUAUGCUUUACUUAAGUGUUUGGACAAAAAGUUAUCUAAAUUUUUAUUAUUUAAAUUUGAUACAUUCAUUAGUUUUUAUAAAAAACGUACAGAUAACAACUUUAUCUUAGAUCAAUGGCUUAGAAGUAGUGAUACGCAACUUCUUUACGCAAAUUAUUUUAAGAAAAUCAAUUAUAUUUUUACUUUUUUUCUUAAAAUUAUACGCAUGCAACUAUCUCAAAUAAAUAAUGAUGAAUACUUAAAAGACUAUGAAAGGGAAUAA